AUGACGGGUAAGACAACUAUUAACUGUUCGUUUUGUCAAAAAGAACAUACGUCAGCUAGUUGUUUUGUUGUUACGGAUAUCGAAGCAAGAAAACAGAUCUUACGAAAGCAAGGACGAUGUUUUUUGUGUCUCAAACGAAAUCAUAUUGCUCGGGAUUGCGAAUCAAGGUAUAUGUGCAAAUAUUGCUCGGGAAAGCAUCAUGUUAGUCUGUGUAAUAAUAAUUCGAGACAGUCCUUAGCAACAAAUUCGAGACAGUCCUUAGCAACGAGACAAGAAUCAAAUUCCAGACAGCAAUUAGGAAAUGUACAAGAUAGUCUGGCUAAAGAACAAACAACACAAUCAAGGGACACGAAAGACACAGGAAACACGAAAGAGACCAGAAAUUAUCACGCAUGUUUACAAGAUUCAGUCUUAUUACAAACAGCCAAGGCGAAAGUUGGCGUUGGAAACAAGAAGUUGACCACUGAGGUAAGAGUUAUUUUUGAUUCGGGCAGCCAGAGAAGUUAUUUAACGCAACGAGUGCGAAAUAAGUUGCAAUUGCCCACAGGAAGUACAGAGUCUUUACGAAUAAAAACAUUCGGAGAAUGCGAAACUGAACUAACUGCUUCUUGUGAGACAGUGAACUUAGCAGUUGGGGACAUUACUGGUAGAACUAGAACACAAGUAGAAGCAUUUGUCGUGCCAGUGAUUUGUGCACCGCUAGGAAAUCAAGAAAUUGACCGAGCACAAGUAGAGUACAAACAUUUGAGUGACUUAAACUUAGCUGAUAAUAAUGAAGGGGACGGUGUAGCAGAGAUAGAUUUAUUAAUUGGAGCUGAUCAAAUCGGUAAAUUUUUCACUGGCAAGAUAAGACGGGGGGAGAAUGCCAAUAGUCCAAUCGCAAGCGAAACAAUCCUGGGAUGGGUUUUGUCAGGCCCAAUGCCAUCAAGAAAGAAAACUACUCUGUCUUCUGUGAACUUUGUUUCAACUCAUGUGUUGAGAGUAGCAGCCGAAUUGCCAAGUGUGGAGAAUGAAAAACAACCUGAGGAGUUAUUACAUCGUCUGUGGGAUUUAGAGUCAAUUGGUAUAACAGACAAAGAGACGGUGCAUGAGUCAUUUGAAAGAAACGUAUCUUUUGAGAAGGGUAGAUAUCACGUUAAAUUACCCUUGAAAGAAAAACAUGAUAUUUUACCGGACAAUUAUGAUUUAAGUCUAGCACGAUUAGACUCGCAAGUGAAACGUUUAAGGCAAGAACCCAGUCUAUUUGAGGAAUACAACCAGAUAUUUAAAGAACAAUUAAGUCAAGGAAUUGUUGAAAAGGUUGAAGAUCAAAAUGAAGACUUAGUACCAGGCACUACACACUAUCUCCCACACCAAGCCGUGGUAUGAAAAGAUGCAACCACUACAAAGGUGCGAGUUGUUUACGAUGCCAGUGCGAAAGUUAAACCAAAGUGCCCAUCUCUGAAUGAUUGCGUUCACACUGGACCAUCUCUGGCUACAGAUAUUCUAAAGGUUCUUUUGGGUUUUCGAGGACGAAGAAUUGGAAUGGUUGCAGAUAUUGAGAAGGCAUUUCUCAAUAUUGCUAUUGAUGAGGAACAAAAGGACAUGAUGCGUUUCUUGUGGAUCGAUGACAUAAACAAGGAAAAUCCAUAUGUUGAAGUCUACCGCUUCUGUAGGGUUAUUUUUGGCAUGAAGUGCUCUCCAUUUCUCCUGAACGCAACAUUACGUCACCACAUUACGAAUUACUAUUAUGAUGACCCUAGCUUUGCAGAAAGGAUUCUUUCUGAGCUUUACGUUGAUGAUUGGUCAGGAGGAGGAGAAUCCACGGAUGAUGCAUAUAUAAUGUAUCGACAGAUGAAAUCUUGUUUCGCAGCGGGCAAUUUUAAUCUGCGGAAAUGGGCUACCAAUAGUCCAGUAUUGAUGGCUCAGAUUCAGAAUGAUGAGGAAGUAUUAAAGUCACUAACCACAGAGCAUUUGAACAACACCGGUGAAAGUUCAUAUGCUAAAGAGUCGAUUGGCGGGCUGGAAGAAAUAGAAACCCCGAAGGAACAUAAGGUACUUGGGAUGAAUUGGGAUACUGACAGUGAUACUUUUGUUUUAAAGUUAACAAAAGUUGUUCAAUUUGCAAGAAAUUUAGAGCCGUCAAAACGGAAUGUUUUAAAGAUAGCAGCAAAACUGUUUGAUCCACUCGGACUUCUCUCGCCAGUUACUGUCUUGCUGAGAAUGCUUCUACAAGAAUUGUGUGCAGCUAAGUAUGAAUGGGAUGCAGUCAUAUCAGAAUCCAAUCAGAAGGUGCUCGAGAAAUGGAUUGAUGAUUUAGAGACGGUGAGUUCUAUAGUUGUACCUAGAUAUUACUUUUUGGCAGAGGAGAGGCAUCCUGAAAGUGUGACUCUUCACGGAUUUGGAGAUGCUUCCCAAAAAGCUUGUUGUGCUGUCAUUUAUAUAUGCAUGGAAACAGACAGUGGCCGCACAACAAAUCUUGUUGCCUCGAAAAGUAGAGUCACCCCAUUAGCACCAAUGUCUAUCCCUCGACUUGAGUUAAUAGCAGCAUUGAUAUUAGCACGUCUCAUGUCAGUUAAAGAGACUCUAAGCAAAAUCUUUAACAUCACGGAGACCACUUGUUGGACGGACAGCUCCACUGUCCUUCACUGGAUUAAGGGUAAGAAGGAUUAUAAACAAUUUGUACAAAACAGAAUCGACGAAAUUCUACGAUUAACUGAUUCAGAAACUUGGAGAUUUUGCCCAGGUUUAGAAAACCCAGCGGAUAUUGGUUCUCGUGGACAGAAGGCCUCAGAACUAGCACAAAAUGAUUUAUGGUGGAAAGGCCCGCAAUGGUUAACACUUGAUCCCUCUGCAUACCCAAAUCGUGAGUUUGCACAAAGUGAUGUAGAACUCUCCGAAGAGUGCAUGAAAGAAUGUCGCGUUAAAUUACCUACCAAGGGGAAUACCACAGUGGUUAAUGUGACAAAUGUUAGUGAAACACAUCCACCAGAAACAGUCGGUUCAACAAAAAUCUCAGAGAUAAUAGACCACAAGUCUUACAGUAGCGUAACCAAGUUGUUUCGUGUUACAGCGUGGGUUAAGAGAUUCAUUAGAAAUCUCAAAACGAAGAAAGCCUGUGGUAAAAUUGAUCCAUUGUUAAAGCCAAGUACACUCACUAUUGAGGAAAUUGAUGAUGCAGAGAAAAUUUGGAUCAGAGAAAUACAGGAACAUGUGAAGAAACAGAAGAAUUACCAAGAUCUGACCAACCAACUCGGACUUUAUGCCGAUAAAGAUCACAUUAUCAGAUGUAAAGGAAGAAUGGAAAAUGCAUCUACUGACGUGGAAACAAGGAGCCCAAUUCUCUUGCCGAGAGAUCACAGCAUUUCUCAAUUGAUCGUGGAGUCCUGUCACAAGAAAGUCAAGCAUGGAGGAAUAAAAGAGACACUAACAGAGUUAAGGAGUAAAUAUUGGAUUCCAAAAGGUCGUCAAUUGGUGAGAUACAUUCUUAACCGAUGUGUAAAGUGUAGGAAAGUCCAUAGUGUACCAUUUAAACCGGUUAAACAAGCCAGUUUACCAGAACAUAGAGUCAAGGAAACAGCAGCCUUUACACAUGUGGGGGUCGAUUUUGCUGGACCUUUGUUUGUAAAAACUAGCGACCCUAAAAAGCAGAUGAAGAAGACAUAUAUAUCUACCUCAAGAGCUCUACAUUUGGAACUAGUACAUGACUUAUCAACUACAGCUUUUAUUCGAUGUUUAAGACGUUUUAUAGCAAGGAGAGGAACUCCAGUAUCCAUUACAUCGGAUAACGCUAAGACCUUUAAAAAGGCAGAUAAGGAACUUGCGGAAUUGUUCAAAGAUAAGAAACUGGAAGAGUUCUUGACAACUGUUAGGAUCAAAUGGAACUUCAUAUUGGAACGUGCCCCAUGGUGGGGUGGAUACUAUGAACGUAUGGUACAGUUAGUUAAGAGGAGUCAACGUAAAAUACUCGGAAAUGCGAGAUUAACAUUUGAAGAGUUAACCACGGUGUUGACAGAAGUUGAGGGAUCACUCAAUUCUCGCCCAUUGACUUACGUAUAUUCGGAAUUGUCUGAUGGAGAACCAUUGACACCAUCACAUCUCGUAAUCGGAAGGCGGAUAUCAACAUUACCAGAUCCAGAGGAAUUUAGUGACAGUGAGGAAGAUAGUAAUGCAAUUGUACGGAGACAACGAUACUUGAGUCAAUUGUUGCAGCACUUCUGGAAGAGAUGGAACAAGGAGUACUUAGCUGAUCUACGGGAAUUUCAUCGAAAUAUUACAUAUACCAACAAUACGGUUCGGGAAGUAGAAGUUGGGGAAGUAGUUCUUGUGCAAGGAGAAGGUCUACCUAGGAGUCAAUGGAAGAUCGGUAGAGUUGAAGCUUUGCUUAAAAGUAAAGACGGUGAAGUACGAGGUGUAAAGUUACGAGCGUUGAAUAAGAAAGGGAAACCAAUCGUAUUACGACGUCCAAUUCAAAAACUUGUGCCAUUAGAGAUCAAGGAAGAAAGAAAAAACGAGGACAGUAAGGAGUCAAAACAAGAUGCAGACAUUCAGAACGAAGAAAAACCAACAAGACAAAGAAGAAUAGCGGCAAUAAACGCAGACUUGAAAAGACAGUCCAUGAUUGACCAGUUGUGA